CUUUUGUUGUCGGCAAUGACAAGUGUUAUUUAUUCCUGGGUAUCAAAUGAGUUAGACUUAGGUGGUCAGCCAAUAGAGAAGUUAUUUUCAAAUGGUUAUUUUUUGGGAAAACUUCUGCACAAAUAUGACAAAUUUCAGAAGUUCUAUCUUUUGAAAAAUUCCAGCUUACCGGAUUCUGUUGUUCAAAACUUCACUUACCUUAGGUCAGCACUGAAUGAAAUGGGGAUAAAUAUCGAUGCGCACCUAAGUCAUGACAUAAUCACGGAAAAACCUGGCAGUAUACAACAGAUUCUGUAUCAGAUUUAUGUAAUUUUAAGUGGAGUAGAUGGUUCUUAUAGAUCUGAUAACAUUGACCUGUGUAAUUUUGCGCGUACACAGCUGAAUACUCUCCAAAAUUUAUCUUACAAGAAUCAAUUAAAGCAACUGAUUGCGAGGGAAUCGGAUACUAGUUUGGCGCAAAUUCUCUCACGUUAUGAACGACAAAGAAAAUUAAAUGAGGAACAAAUUAAAAAAGCCAGCUUAAUGGAUGCGCUUGAAAAGGACGCUCUCAUUCAGAAACAUCGAAAUUUGAGGCUUCAAAGAAGUCGUGAUUUACGUAUUAUGCAAUCUGAGUUAAUGGCCAAGUUAGAAGCAUCUAUCAUCAAUUUGCCAAAGUCUGACCGGAAGAAACUAACAACUAAAAGCAUGGAUACGCAACAAUCUAUGCAAAUACAUACAAAUAAUUUAAAAGAAUUGGAUGAAUUCGACUCACGUAAAGAAAACUGCGAACUGUACAAUAGCAAUGUUUCAAGAACAAGAGAUAAGGCUGGCGAACAGUUCAAUCUGAAUCUAACAUUGAACACCUCAACAGAUGAAUCGAAUAAAACAGCAAUGAGCUAUAUGAAACAAAUUCAUAAAAAGGUUCACGAAGAAAAGAAAGCAAUAUCUGAGCGUCAAAAACGAAGAAGGCGAGUUAUUAUGGAUAUAUUGGAAGCUAAUCAUAUUCGACAAGAAGAAAUUAGAUCAGAGCAAUUGAUGCAACGGUUGUCACGUCAAUCUCACUUGGAAAGUCGUAUUUCUGUGCAAUUAGAACAAAUUAAGCAAGAGAAAUCAAUAAUUUUCGAAAAUCGCCUUGAACGCGAAAAGCAAUAUGAAGCCAGAAGAGAAUUAGAGUUCCAGUUAGCAAUGGACCGUGAAAGAGAAAUGUUGCUUCAACAAAAAGAGGAAGAAAAAGAGAAACUUACAGUAUUAAAACAAUUUUGGGCUGAGCAAGCGUCUAAACGUAGACAAGCUUCCUAUAGGCGUCAUUAUGAAUUUAUUCAAAACGAAAUCAUACCAUUAUUACUACAGUUUGUUAUGAAUGUUGCGGAUUAUCGGAUAUUCACAAAGAAGUUAAUUCCAUUUAGACUUUUCCGUCAAUGGAAAAUUGAAUUUUUAAAGGGUAUAUUAGUCAACGACACAUCAACGGAAAAUCAAGUCGAAGAUCCUGUUGAAGAAGAAAUGUCGAAUGUGGCUGACCAGCUUAACUUAAAUAAGCAUCAAAUCAUUGAAGAUCAACAAGAAUUACUAGAUGAAUGUGAUUUGGAUGAAUAUCAAAAUCUUACUGGUGAUUGGGAUCUAGCCAAAAUCGGUACACUUUCUAUGAAGUCACUGCCCGAUGAAUUGAUUCCACACAUACAAGGUAAACAAGUUGAAUGGAUCGAUUUCAAAAAUGAAUCGAAAACAAACGAAUUCAAAUUACCAAAUGAUAUCAGUUUGAUAAAAACCAAUCCAGUCUUAGAAUGGAUACUUAAACGUCUGUAUCAAAUUAAUUUUCCACCAACCAUUGAAACAAGUAAAUCCGAUCUACCAGAAUUUCCAAUCAAAAUUGCACUUCUUGGCAAACCUUUAAGUGGCAAAACCACCAUAAUAAAUGAAUUAGAAAAAAAUAAUCGAUGUGUUGGAAUCAAUCCAUUCAAACUUAUAGAAGAAGCUUUACAAGCUUAUAAAAAUAAAGAAGCUGAAGAAGGUUCUAAUGCAGCCAAUGAGCAAACUAAAUCAGAUGAAACAGAAACUUCUUCGACAAUCACACUAUCAGCUAAAGCAAAACUCGGGGAAAUUUUGUGGAACGAAUUGAAAGUCGGAAAGGAAAUCUCCGAUGAACUUUUAGUUGACUUAGUAUAUGAAAAAGUCAAAACUCUUCAACCAACAACUGGUUUUAUACUAGAUGGAUUUCCAACAAAUUACAAUCAAGCUAAAUUACUUGAGCAGAAAUUAACAGGGAACUCGACGGUUACUGAUAAUCACAUAUCGAACAACAUUUCACCACGUCUAAACGUACAAAACUCAACAGAUUUGAAGUUAAAAAGUGGUUUAGAUUUGAUUAUUUUAUUAGAUAUAUCGGAUGAAUUAGUUUUAAACCGUGUAGCGCAUACAACUUUAUCCAAAAUAGAAUUGAACGAUUCUUUGACAAAAUAUACAACCAUUGAACAAAUCCCAUUCAAUAAUCAAGUUGAUUUACAAACGAAUACAACGUCCAAUCAAAUUCCUACCACCGAUACAAAACCAGAAAUGGUCGAAACUCAAAAUUCAACGUUCUCUAAUAAUUUCGAUUGCUCUUCGUACAUUUUACAAGAAACACAGGGUAAUCUACCUGAACGAUUAGUGAAUUUUAUUCAAACUUGGCCAAAAUUGUAUAAAUUUUAUCAAAAACAUAAAUUAUCAAAUUUAUGCGUUGUCAACUUAACAAAUUUAUUAGAUAAUGCAACAUUCGUUCAUGAUAUGGAAAAUAAUAAUGAAUCUGUGAAACUAGCUGUUUAUUUAGAAAUUGAAAGGCAAAUUGAAGAAUUUAUGAAACGCAAAGAAAACGUAACUUUGGUGGAAACCCAGUCAGCUGAACAAAUGGAAUUAACUAGAAACGAUCCAGCUGCUGUAAUUAAUGUCGAUAAAAAUUUAGAGAAAGAGAAUGACGAGGAGGAGGCAGUUAGCACACGUACCUUAUUAGCAAGUUCUACCAUAAGAUCAACUAAGAAUGAUGAUCAAAAUGAUCGUGAUAAUAAAAAAUCAGAUAUGAAUGAGCAUAACACGAAUGAAGAUAAAUCCAAAGACAAAAAUAAUGACACUAACUCACCACAUUCUACUCGUCGUCCUUUAACAGCUAAAGCAUCAUCUAGUGGUAAAAAUUCUACCACUUCUAGACAAAGUAAUCGUAGUAAAAAAGAAGGAAGUGAUGAAAGUCAACGGAAAACAGGAAGUAGAUCUCCGUCAGCAGGACGAAGUGCCAAACAUCAAGAUAAUAGAAACGCAAGAACAAAUUCAAGUGACCGUAACAAACGACCGGGAUCCGUUCAGAAAGAUAAAUCCAGAAGUCGUUCUGGUAGCGAAAAGAAACAAUCAAAGAAGACAAAGUUGAAAUCUAUCGAUUCGCCUCAGUUAAUAGUCAAGGAACAUGAUAAAGAACAGCUGGCUGCUUCACUACCAGAAUUGCCACAGCCUGGUGAUGAAGAUUAUCAGUUUGUUGAGUUGCCAAUUCUCCAUAACUCUGCCCAAACAUUAUGGGAAUUAUGGAAUAACACGGAAGCGAUCUAUCAUCAGAAUUUGAAGUCGGUUUUCCGCCAAAUCCGUCUUCUGAAUUCAAACAUUAUACCGCAUAUUUAUCAUAUUAAACAACAAUUUUAUAACUAUUUAUACAGACCUGAUGCAAAACAACAUUUCCUUAACCAGUUCAUCGGCACAUUUAAUUCGCUACUGACUGAAAUGCGUUCAGAUAAAGAGACUAAAGCUGAUUUACAUUGUCGAACCGAUGAUCUUCGUGAUACAUUCUACGAAAUCAUUGAUGAAACAAAACAAGCAAAUGAAAAUCGUUUGAAACUUUUACUAGAUAUACCUGGUUGGUUUACAGAUAAACAAAGAUUGUUGAUCAAUUCAUAUUUGUUAUUAUUUCAAAUUGAACUGACACGUUUUCAAGAGAAUGCACAAUUGAUAAAGGAUUAUUAUAGUGCAAUGGAGGCUAGACGUCAAACAGUCGAAAAUGAAUCGAUUCCAGCUUUAUCAGGAACAAUAGACGCCAGUUAUAUGGAAUAUACACGAAUACCAUUGGUUAAGCUUCCUGAUGAAAUUACCGAGAAUACUGAUAGUCCGGGAUCGCGUAAAAGCACGUCAACAAGGCAAAAUUCUUCAAGAUCUAGUUCAAAUAGACCUAAUAAAUCCAAACUAAUCGAUUUAAACAAUGCGGUUUUGUCAAAAUACUCAAGUUCAAUGGAUCUGAAAUUUGAAAUGUUGCCCGCUGAAUUUCGCAGUCAAAUUAAUUUGUUGAAUUAUAAUUCAUCAUUACAAGAAAUAUUUACAGCAUUUAGUAAAAACGGUUUACCUUUGGUUAAUCAAACUGUUUCGACGUCUAGUCAACCAAAUCGAAAAGGAGCUAAAAAUAGUACUGUGAAAGCGAAUCCCACUCAAGAAAAGCCGACCUUAUCAAAUCCAGUCAAUCUUCUUCUAGAUAAACCGACUCCAUCUACAGAUGCAUCACUUCAGUUUUUGUACAAUGUUUUUCUAAGUGUUAUGCAAAUUAUUUCGAAUCAGGUACAAACAGAACGGAAGUCUAGAGCGAGUGAAGCUAUGUCAGACGGAUAUACAGUGGAAUCAUCACUUAAGCCUACAGAUUUAAAAGGUGGUAAAUCAAGCUCAGAAGAUAAAAAUAAAGGUGGGCAACCUCGGAAAGGACAGAGAAAAUCGGUGGGGUCUAAAGAAAAGGGGCUCAAACUUGAUGAACAAUCAACUACUCCAGAACUGUCUGAGGAAGAUCAAAAGGCUAGAGAAGUUAGACAGCAUAUUAGAGAAGAACAUAUAGCUGCACUAGAAAAAGAAGCCGCUAAAACUGCCUUUCGUUUCACACUAAUAAGAGCUCAAGGAUCAGCCAUUCUAUCAGAUUUACAAGAAAAGAUUUCCCAGUUAAAACAAUUUAUGACAGAUUGUAUUGGAAUUAAAACACUCAAAGAACAUGAUGCUGUGAAUAACACACUUGAGGUUAUUCGGUAUACGAUUGAGAAAGAGCAGAGACUUCCUGAAAAGAUGAUUCUAGACGGUGAACAAUUUUACAUUGAUGAAACUUGCAUCACUUCACCCAUUUCCAAUGAUUCAUUUUUAAUGGAAAAACUUCGAAUUCACUCACCAGUUGUAAAUAAGUUAAUUGAAUCCGAACCCCAAUAUUUUAAUCUUAGUCAACUGAAAUAUCUCUGUGAUAAAUUUGUAGCUCUAACCCAUACAGGCUUUAUUGAUGUUGUCAAUUUUCAAAGUAUAUUGAGACCAAUUCUAAUAGAACGUUUUACUGAAUUAACUGGCUCAUGCUCUACUGACACAUCGAAUGAAUUGUUAACAGGUCUUGUUUAUAAGUAUCGUUUAUUGUUUGAAACAAAUUCUGUGAAGAACUCAGUGAUAUUAUUGAAUACAACAACAACCAUUGAUAAUAACGAUUUGAUUAAAGUAAAUAAUAUACGUGAAAAACAAGUGUAUUACAUUGAUUGGCGUCAGUUUUUGCUAGCAGCUUGUCAGCCAGCCAUUACAUACCAUCAUUCGACUCUAAUUACGCAAUCCAGUCUAGUGGAAUUAUCACAAAGGCUCAUGGAAUUAGAUCAAUCAGUUAAACAUGAAAACUUACUCAAUGUAAAAGUUACUCGAGCUCAAUUUCAAUUCGCCUCAUUUAAAUGGUUUCCAGCCGGAGUAAAGCAUUAUGAAGAACUGCACGAUUUCAUAUUCAGUAUCUUCACGAAGAAAUUCGUCCCAUCAAAAAUCAACAGAACACCUCCAAAGAUUGAUUCACAAAAUAGAAAAACCUCUAGCAGUUUUCAAAGUCAUAAAAAAUUGUCACUGGUAGAAAUUGUUGAUUGUUCGGAUCUUUUAUUAAAUAUGUCAGUUAUACAAGUAAAAUCUCCUUAUAUCGGCUUUCUGCGUUGUCUAUCAACACUGCUUGGAAGACAUGUUCCAUAUAUAUCGGUUCAUAAUCAACUGACAGUAGAUCACUCUGAUUUGGAAUACGAAGGAGUGCCACAGGAUUGUCCUGAUGAUCCUAUACCCAAAGAAAUUUUAGAAAAGAUUCUAAGCUUCGGUUUAGUUAAUACAAACCAGUGUCAAAUUGUUCAUGAUGAUCUGGAAGUAUCGCAAGUUUUGGAUGCGUCAGAACCGGGAAAUUCCCUGAUAUCAGACAAACUUCAGGAUGUAUUUUCAAGUCUUGAAAGUACUGGUCAACCGUCAACACUUAAGAAUCUAUUGCAUAAUAUAAAUUUCCAAAAUUUAUUAAUCAGUUCAUUAUCACAGUUCAGAGGAAUAGGACAGUUUUCCGAACCAUGGAUAACAGCAUUACAAACUUAUUUUACUAAUUCAUUUUGUUGAUAGACUAGAUAAAAACAAGCUGAGAUAGAUCAUCAUUGGCAAGAUCAAGAAGUGUCACUAACUUUCUGGAUCAUACAUACUGAAAGGCAGGAAUAUUUUUCUUAAUUUUGACGUGUUACUUUCCUUUUAUCUUUUGUGGAAAAUUAGUUCAACAGAAAAUCAUGUUACACUUUUAGACUAUAGAAGACAAAUUUUGUUAGAAUUACCUUUCUUUUCUCUAAAAAGUUUUCUGAAUUUGAGAAUAAAUU